AAUUAGUUUCCAAUUAAUACUUACACUGAUUUAGAGCUUCACCGGAACUCCUUUUGUUAAGGGUUUAAUGAAAAAUGUUAAUGGCCAUAAAUCUUUCUAAUUUCAUGCAAUCAAAACCCUAAUUUCUCUCACCUCAUACCUCCUUCUUUAUCCUGCAACAACUGAGGAUGGUAAGGAGACGCGGCGGCGGCGGCGGAGCAAAACCUAGGUCCAAUUACGACAGGAUUCUCCGCCGGCACAUCGAGUCCGCCGCGAAGAAGAACCACGGAACCGUCGAGCAAUUGGUGGACCACCUCCGCUCCACCUACCCACACUAUGCCCGGCACAAGCUGCAGCCAUUCACUAAACGUGUUCACCAAGUAAUUCAGGUAUCAAGCAGAAGAAACGACGACAUGGAUGAUUCUAACGAUGAUGGUGAUACUCCUCUUAUGAAGAAACGAAGGAAAAUCGACGAGAAGGAGGAAAAAUUGCGGCUCAUUGAAGCUCGACACUUGAGGAAUAGGAAUGACGAUGUUUUGAAUAGUAGCGUAGGCGGCUCAUCAUCCUCUGUGGCAUCUGUUAGUUCUUCGGAAGGAGAUGAUUCGUCCGAUGAGGAGGUGUCUACGUCGGACGACACCAUCUACGGGGAGAAAUUCGAGCCGGAGUUUGACUUGAUGAAGUCGAUGCUACGGGAAAAUUUGCGUAGGAGAUCGAAGGAGACGGGGAAGGGGAAAGAGGUUAAAGAAGUCUUGGAAUUGGAGGUUGUGGAUAACAAGGAUAUGAAGAAGGUUAACUUGGUGACUGAAGAAGGUAAAUUAGGUGAUGAUCUGAGUAUGAUUAAUAAGAAUAAUAAUAGUGGCAAGGAGGGGCAUGAAGCUAAUGGGCCAAUGUUUAAGGAUUUAGGGGGAAUGAGUGGUGUGAUUGAGGAAUUGAAAAUGGAGGUCAUUGUGCCAUUGUAUCACCCGCAGAUACCACGUCACUUGGGGGUGAAGCCUAUGGCAGGGAUUCUAUUACAUGGGCCACCAGGAUGUGGAAAAACCAAGUUGGCUCAUGCCAUUGCCAAUGAGACUGGAGUGCCAUUUUACAAAAUUUCUGCUACGGAACUGGUGUCUGGAGUUUCAGGUGCAUCAGAAGAAAAUAUUCGAGAGUUAUUCUCAAAAGCAUACAGGACAGCACCAUCUAUUGUUUUCAUUGAUGAAAUUGAUGCAAUUGCCUCAAAAAGGGAAAAUUUGCAGAGGGAAAUGGAGAGGCGCAUUGUGACACAGUUGAUGACAUGCAUGGAUGAAUCACACAGGCUUGUGAAACCCAACGACGACAAUGCAGAUUCUGAAAGUUCUAAUUGCAGACCUGGCUAUGUACUUGUUAUUGGCGCAACAAAUAGACCUGAUGCUGUUGACCCUGCCUUGAGGAGGCCUGGACGAUUUGAUCGUGAAAUUGUUUUAGGAGUUCCUGAUGAGUGUGCACGUGUUCAGAUUCUCUCAGUGCUAACAUGCAAUCUUAAGGUUGAAGGUGCUUUUGAUCUUGUGAAAAUAGCUAGGUCCACUCCAGGGUUUGUUGGAGCAGAUUUGGCAUCACUAGCCAACAAGGCUGGUAACCUUGCAAUGAAGAGAAUCAUAGACAAGAGAAAGGUUGAACUUUCAAAAGAAUCAGAAGACAGGGGUUCUAGUGAAGAUUGGUGGAGGCAACCAUGGUCCCAUGAAGAAAUGGAGAAACUCAGCAUAACCAUGGCCGAUUUUGAGGAAGCUGCUAAAAUGGUUCAACCUUCGUCUAGAAGAGAAGGAUUUUCUACUAUACCAAAUGUGAAAUGGGAUGAUGUUGGAGGUCUUCAUUUGCUUAGGGAGGAGUUUGACCGUUAUAUAGUUAGGCGUAUAAAGUUUCCGGAAGAUUAUGAGGACUUUGGGGUGGACUUGGAGACAGGAUUUUUGCUUUAUGGUCCUCCAGGCUGCGGAAAGACAUUGAUUGCCAAGGCUGUUGCUAAUGAAGCUGGGGCAAAUUUCAUACAUAUUAAGGGUCCUGAGCUUCUUAAUAAAUAUGUUGGUGAAAGUGAGUUGGCAGUGCGGACAAUAUUCAGUCGUGCAAGGACAUGUUCUCCAUGUAUACUUUUCUUUGAUGAGGUGGAUGCACUAACGACGAAGCGUGGUAAAGAAGGGGGCUGGGUUGUUGAGCGGCUCUUGAACCAGCUAUUGAUAGAACUGGAUGGUGCAGAACAGAGACGGGGUGUUUAUGUAAUUGGUGCUACAAAUAGGCCUGAAGUUAUGGAUCGUGCUGUGCUCCGACCAGGAAGAUUUGGGAAGCUUCUGUAUGUUCCUCUCCCUAGUCCAGAUGAACGAGGGAUGAUCUUGAAAGCUCUUGCUCGGAAGAAGCCAAUAGAUGCUAAUAUGGACUUGAUGGCCCUUGGGAGAGACAGCGCUUGUGAAAAUCUCAGUGGCGCUGAUCUCUCUGCUCUGAUGAACGAAGCCGCCAUGGCUGCUCUUGAAGAGAAACUAACAUCAUUGUACAGAAGUUUGGAUGGCGUACCGUGGACCAUCAAAGAUGUACAUUUCAGACGAGCUUUGGAGAAAAUCUCUCCUUCUGUUUCAGACAAGCAAAUACAAUAUUACAAGCUUUUAUCAGAAAGCUUCAAAGCUGCAUGAGAGUAGAGUUGAUGCUUCAAAUGAUUUCUCUAAAGGAUUGUUUCAAUAGCGAAUCUGUGAUGGAUGUGUGGUGGUUGGCUCAAUAGGUAUAGUUACUCUUCAAUGUGUCUAUGUGGCACGUUGACUCACCAAAUUGUCGAGUUAUCUGAUGGGGAAGGAAGUCUUGUGCAUUUUCAGCCGGAAGGUUUUGUUCCUGGCAGAUGUAUAAAUUUUGUUUUUGGUUGCGAUUUGAUUUUACUCAUUAUCUGAGAAAGGAAGUACAUCUGAGGCUGUAGUAGAGAGGAACAUUAAUGUUGUUCUAUUUAAUUAAUUAAUGUUAAAAUAUACGGUGUUAGUCGCAUGCAUUGACAGAUAAUUCUUAAUGGAGUUUGAGAGGUUGAAGAAACAUUUGGAGAUGGUAUAUGGUGGGGGAAUUCAGCACUUAGAAUUGUGUAGUUUCUCUAGUGAAAAUAGAUGUUCAAGAUUGAGGCUGGGCUUUCAUUUU